AUGAAAAAAUGUGUAAGAUUUCUGCUUCACGUAAAUUCCUUCUUACAAUUGGAUUUUUUUCACAACCUAAAUAAACCUCGACCCAGAGAACAUCGCAUCUUUCCGCUUGCUAUACUACUUGAGGAUCAGUUCGUGCUAUGGGAUUCAUCCUCUAAAUUAGGUUACUUCCUUCUAAAUUAUGAUGAUCCUAAUACAAGAAAGAGAAUGUAUGAGAAACUCAGAUCAGAUAGAAGGAUUAUACCUAAAUAUCAUAAAAUGUCUCUUAUCCUAAAAAGGCACAUUAAGAAAGCUUAUGAAUAUUAUUUUAAUCAGAGGCAUGUCAAGAAUUUAUACGAAAAUUAUGAUACUUUUAAUAUAAAUAAUAAAAUUAUACUAAUGAAAGAUUCAUACGAAUCGUAUCUAGACACUUACAGGGAUAUAAUUUUCUUAGCGGAUAUAUUUAAUAUGAGAAAAUAUUUGACUGCCAUUUCCAGAGCAAAAAGAGUUUCAGAUCGACUAUACUAUUUUUUCCAUAGCAUUCUGUUUAACUCUUUAAAUUUCUAUAAAUAUGGCAUGAUAUAUGGACUCUUGAUCAAUAAAGAAUAUUUUAAAGAAGUUGCAGAUGAACUGUUUUCAAUUUUUAAAUUGAACCACCAUAUAUUUUCCGAUAUCACUUUCUUACAAACUUUCUAUUUACUCAGUAGAAAAAUUGAAAGUAGUUUUAACGUGCAAAGGAGAAAUGAUAAAAUAAAUUUUAUUUAUUUUUUCAUAACACCAGUCCGCUUCUUGGCUAGGUAUGUUUUCCCAGUUAAUAAUUAUAUUAAGGAUACCGUCCAAAGUGCUUUUAGAAGAUAUACAACCGAUAGAUUAAUAAAGUAUGCAGAAAGAUCCCUAUUAGAUAUCAAGAGACAAGAUAUGUUGGAAGAAGCAAUGAAGGCCAGAUUGGAGCUCAAAAAGAUUAAUGAGCAUCCAAUUAUAAAGG